UCCAGCAUGUGUGCCAGGGCCCCACCCCAGAUGUCACUGCUUCCCCACCCUGCCACAUUGGACCCUGUGGGGAACGCUGCCCAGAUGGGGGCAGCUUCCUGGUGAUGGUCUGUGCCAAUGACACCAUGUAUGAUGCCCUGGUGCCCUUCUGGCCUUGGCUAGCAGGCCAGUGCAGGAUAAGUCGUGGGGGCAAUGACACUUGCUUCCUAGAAGGGCUGCUGGGCCCCCUUCUGCCCUCUCUGCCACCACUGGGACCAUCCCCACUCUGUCUGGCCCCUGGCCCCUUCCUCCUUGGCAUGCUCUCCCAGUUGCCACGCUGUCAGUCCUCUGUGCCAGCCCUUGCUCACCCCACACGCCUACACUAUCUCCUCCGCCUGCUGACCUUCCUCUUGGGUCCAGGGGCUGGGGGUGCUGAGGCCCAGAGGAUGCUGGGUCGGGCCCUACUGCUCUCCAGUCUCCCAGACAACUGCUCCUUCUGGGAUGCCUUUCGCCCAGAGGGCCGGCGCAGUGUGCUACGGACGAUUGGGGAAUACCUGGAACAGGAGGAGCAGCCAACCCCACCAGGCUUUGAACCCAUUGUCAACCCCAGCUCUGGUAUAAGCAAGAUGGAGCUGCUGGCCUGCUUUAGUGUGAGUGCUCUGCCAGAGGGAAAGCUCCUAGAACAGUGAGAAGGCCCUCCAGGGGAAUUCCUCGUGUAUUCAGAGGCAGUAGUGUGGGGUAGUAGUUGAAGCACACAGCUCUGGAGUCAGACAGGCUUGUAUUCAUAUCUUAGUUCUGUGACCAGCCUUGAAUGAGUUAUUUAACUUCUCUGAGCAAUAUUUUUCUCGUCUCAUUUAUAAACUAGGGAUGAUACUGGUAUAUGAGAUAAUACAUGCUGUGGGCUUAGCUCAGUGCAUGAUACACAAAUGUGCAAUAAAUAUUACCUUGUU